AGAGAUUGCUAUCGCCGUAUGGAGAGAAUCUUUGCCUUUCUCUCAAUCAAUCGUCUCUCUCUUCGUCUGCUGUGAAUUUGCAGAGGCACUUGCAGAUCUUGACGAUUUCUGCACGGCAAAGAUGCCUUUCGACUUCAAGAAGUACGAUGCGAAAUGCGCCGAGAUGAACGCUGAGCAGCUUCAGCUCGAAUGGCAGCAUUACACGCGACAAAUCUCUGGCGCCGCAACAUCAACUACAGUAUCGGGAUUGGCCAUGCCUUUCACCGCAGGUGUGAGCGCUAUCGGAGUCGGCCUGGGAGCCCCUACUAUCCACAAUGCUCGCAAGAAGCGGGAGAUCAUUGAGAAGCAUUUGCAAAGACUCGGCACGACACACAAUACGCGCAAACGAGAUGUCAUGGGCUCAAUGGCGUUCAGUGGCACCGUGGGCGUGUUGACUCUUGGUGUCGGCUCGAUGGGAGCCGAGCACGUAGCAUCUGCCGGCGCUGAACACGGCAUCAGCGCUAUCGUGAACAACGAAACGGCUAUCAAAGUUGGUAUUCACGCAGCUCUUGAUGGCGCGGCUAUGGCAGCUGAGGAAGCUCAUCAUGCUCAUCUGAAAGAGAAAGAUGCGAACAAGAUGAUCGCGAAGGCCGAGAAGCAAAUUGCCUCAGGAAAUGCCCAAGCACAAGCCCAAGUCCAAGCCCAAGCCCAAGGAGAGAAAGCGACGUAUCAAAAUCCAAUGUACACUGGCGAGCCUGUUUAUGCCGCAGUGCCGAUUCCUGGAGCAUUCACGACUACUAGUCUACAAGGAGCUCCUCCACAGCAGGCAGACAUCAAAUACACACCAUCUCCAACAUCGGAUAUCAAAUAUCCCGUUCCACCAACACCCCAGUAUACGCCGGCGCCUCCAGCUUAUCCCGGACCUCCAUCCGCGGUUGCAAGCCCAAUGCCACAGUAUAACCCGCAGCACUACGCUCCACCACCGUCUCAGGCCUCAGGGCCACUCUCGCCUGUUCCAACGGUGUCAUCCAUUUCCUCGUACUCCAGCCAGCCGGGACAGUCAUACACGCCAGUGUCGGCUACCUCCCAGACACAAAUGCCUCAAGUUCCGGCAUAUGUUCCACCCCCUCCUGUUGAAAGCCACGAGCCUCACGUCACUGUACAGAACCUGCCACCUUUUCAAUCUCACGUUGCUGCACCUGGAUUCCAGGCACCUGCACCAACUCUCGUUUGGUCUCAGGAGCAUGGUCAGUGGAUUGCUCGGGAGAACACCACACCUUCAAGUUCGCAUCCAACCAUAGCACCAAUCCAACAGCACCUACCGGUUACUCAGGAGUACGGCUAUCCCUUUCCCCAGCAGCCCGUGGACAGACGCUCAUCGGUGUAUGUGCAAACGCCCACAUCUGAAGUACAGCAAUGUCAAAAUCAGAAUCUGCCUCAAAUGUCAUCAGCACAGACACCAGCGCAGGUACCUGAGACUCCAGCUCCGCAGCAAUAUGCUUCGGCUCCGCAAUCACAAGCUACUUCGGUGCCAGCGUCACCGGCGCCCCAGCAGUAUUACACAACUUCAGGGCCUCAGAAGCCUGCGAUCUAUGCACCACCUCAGGCUGCUCAGAAUUCCUUGUCAAUGCAAGAGUUCAAUCAAGCACCCACUCAAAUAACAUAUGGAUACCCAACCCCAUCUCAAACCCCGGGAGUGAGCCAACCGAUGCCAAACACGCAGUACUUCACACCACCUCCAGGAGCUCAAUCUGCACCACCGUACACCCCAGCACCUCAGUACGCACCAGUGUCGACACCGCAACCCUACCCGCCGCAUCGUGACUCCAUCUCGAGCACCCAACCUCCGCAGCAGUCAUCUACCACAAGCCCACCGCCAGAACAGAACUAUGGAGUCCUCCCUUCGUAUCACCCGCAGAACCAUUAUGCUGCGCAGAGACACGGCUCAAUGCCAGCUCUUGCGCCAGAGUAUGAGAAGAUGCAUCAGGCGUGGCCGCAGACCGCUAGACAUUCGUCCAUUGUUUCACCACCGCCUUAUGCGCCAGGCACGGCUCCAGCACCUCAGCAGCAGCCGGCUAUGCAAGGCCUGAUUGAUGCGUAUGGAGGAAUGAAGAUAUGACUGUAGAAAUGAUUCAUCUUGACCUUUGCCUGGCAUGACCCACGGUUUGAGAGAAACAGCGCGAAAACCAAAAGGUGCGCAAACAAUUAGGGCAUUUGAUUUUGUCCCUUCCGUAAGCGUCUCCCAAAAUAAUGGAAUGUC